GGAGACUCACAGCUGGCUUCUCUCCGAGGAGAGUGUGAGGAGCAGCAGAGCCCAUUGCUUCUUCCCUCGGCACCUGCAGGGGCUUCACAGACGUGAGGAGCGCGAAUGGGCAGAGCAGAGUCUCUAGAAGGGAAGAUGAGCACCCAGGAUCCUUCAGAUCUGUGGAGCAGAUCCGAUGGAGAAGCUGAGCUGCUGCAGGACUUGGGGUGGUAUCACGGCAACCUGACUCGCCAUGCGGCAGAGGCUCUCCUUCUCUCAAAUGGAUGUGAUGGUAGCUACCUUCUGAGGGACAGCAAUGAAAGGACCGGACUGUACUCUCUCUCCGUAAGAGCCAAAGACUCUGUCAAACACUUUCAUGUUGAAUAUACUGGAUAUUCAUUUAAAUUUGGCUUUAAUGAAUUCCCAUCUUUGAAGGAUUUUGUCAAGCAUUUUGCAAAUCAGCCUUUGAUUGGAAGCGAGACAGGCACUCUGAUUGUUCUGAAACAUCCCUAUCCAAGAGAAGUGGAAGAACCUUCCAUUUACGAAUCCGUCCGGGUUCACACUGCAAUGCAGACAGGAAGAACAGAAGACGACCUGGUGCCCACUGCACCUUCUCUGGGCACCAAAGAAGGCUACCUCACCAAACAGGGGGGCCUGGUCAAGACCUGGAAAACAAGAUGGUUCACUCUGCACAGGAAUGAACUGAAAUACUUCAAAGACCAGAUGUCUCCAGAACCAAUUCGGAUCUUGGACUUAACAGAAUGUUCAGCUGUACAAUUUGAUUACUCACAGGAAAGGGUAAACUGUUUUUGCUUAGUAUUUCCAUUCAGGACAUUUUAUCUCUGUGCAAAGACAGGAGUAGAAGCUGAUGAGUGGAUCAAGAUACUACGUUGGAAAUUGUCUCAAAUAAGAAAGCAGCUGGACCAAAGGGAAGGCACAAUCCGAUCUCGGUCCUUCAUCUUUAAAUAGACCUCUCCUGACCGCUGCCCUGGCCGGAGCAGGGCCGCGUGCUCUCUGAUGCCAUGAUCCAUAGCAGGCUGCAGCUAAAAGCUGACUGCGGAUUUUUCUUUAAAAACAAAUCAGAAGCAGAUGCUGAUCUGGAUCUUUCCAAACACACCACAUUUGCUGAUGCACGGGGAACUGCUGCCCUUCAGGAUGUUCUCAUCUCCUUCGGAACACUGAGUGGUCACCCUUCGGAUGGAGGAGACCGAUGCAGCCGCCACACCCGGUGUGCUCACUCUGAGUACUCACAGUAGAAGAUAAAGGGUUUGUGUGUUCCCUCACCGUCGUCCUCAACCUUGUGGACAUUAUUUGCCCAGAGUCCCACUCUGUGUCAUGGUCAGCUUCUCUGACAUCCACAUUGAGCUAUUAACCAGGAAGGAAACGGCUAUGUACUUGGAGGCUUAGUCUGCCUCUUUAGAAAGCAUAUUGAGAUAGCAAACGUUAAAGACUGGGUUGGGGAAGGAACAGAGUUAUUCUGCUUUUUUUCCCCUUUAUACAAAAACCAAAACAAUUUCCAAAACUACCAUGGAGAAUAUUUGCAAUAUUUAUUUUCUCUUUAUAAAAGGCUUAGAAAUCUGGUAGGUUCUUCCUUCCCUUCAAAUGGUAAACCUGUGAGAAGUAAAUGUCAUAUGGAUGAUUAGGUAGGAUAAUAAAGGAAAGUAUAAUCUAAAAAAAGAAAUAUUUUUUCAUCAUUUUGGAGAAACAUGUUUUAAAGAAGGAGAAAACAUAAAUCGAGGAAGGAUAAUGAAAUAUAGAUGAUGCAGUUUAAUGAUAAUAUUAUACAUAUUAUUAUAACAAUAAUAGAGCAUAUGUAAGCACUAAGUUAUUUUCACCCAACAUUUCUCCAAACAGACUGAAAGAGCCUACUCAACAAGACUGUGUUACAACAGUCCUUUCCCCAGAGUAAACUGUAGGUGUUAGCCCGAGAGAAGUAAGAAUCACCUGGCACUGAGAUGGCUGAGCACCUUACACCUUAUUCGAGAGCAACUUCUGUUGCCAGUUGAGGGAGCAAUACCAAAUCCUCAUGCAGGGUAUAAGGGUGUGUUUGUUAGCCGGCAUUUUCAAAGUAGAAUAAGGGGAUUGAAAUAGAGAAAGGAGAUACUGUCAUCCAGAGCUCAUAAGUAGAUUCUAUUAUCUUUAUUAAUACUUCUUUUUUUAGACAGAAGUUUGAAGGGAGAGAAAGUGGAGGAGGAACACCAAAAUAUAAAGAUUAUGGUGCAAAACUGUGAUACAACACUGCUCUUGCAGUCCAAAGAAAUACCUUGUUAAAUACGUUUGUCUGUUAAAUAUCUAGGUUUCAGAAAUUACAUUAAAUUUUUGUAUAUUUUGAAAAGAUGCUUACUGUAUUUUGCUAUGUUUUUAUCAUGUGAGAUAAAGCAAAUGUCAAGUUAAAAUGUAUGAAGUUCUCAAAGUAAGGAGAUACAAACAAACCCUUACUUAAAUGUACUGUUUUGUGUUUUGUUUUCUUAGAACCAAGAGAAUUACUUUGUGUAGGCAAUACUGUUCUUACCUUUUGUAAAAUAUGUCAUGUUUAUUUAUAGUUUUGGGUUACAUUUAUUAAAAAGAGCAUGAUUUUCUUUGCCUGAAA